AUGGCAGCGGCGCCAUUGGCGGUGGUGGACCCACGGUUCUGCGCGCCGCGCGCGCUGCCGCUGACCCUUGCCAUGAACCUCACGCGCGGCGGCACCGUCACCGACGCCGGCGGCGCCGUCGUGCUGCGAGUGGACGCCCCCCUCCUCCGGCUCCUCCGCCGCUUCGUCCUCGCCGACGCCGCCGGCCGGCCCCUCCUCACCGUCCAGAGAAAGGCAAGGCAGGCAUUCAGCUUGCUGAACGGAUGGGAAGCGUUCAGAGGGGACAGCACGGACGCGAGGGACCUGCUCUUCACCGCCAGGAGGUCUCCGGGCUUCCUGGUGUGGACGCAGGUGGGCGUGUUCCUGGCCCCAAACACGGCAGGGAUGGCCUGUGAUCUCAAGAUGAAGUGCAGCUACAACAACAGAUCUUGCGACGUUUAUCUUGGCGACUCCAACACCAAAAUUGCUCAGAUGCGCCGUCAGAUUUCUGCCGCGGGCGUACUGCUCGGGAAGUACAGCUACAGUGUCACCGUGUCCCCGAACGUCGACUACGUGUUCGUCGCGGCUCUUGUUGUGAUGCUACACGAGAUUCACAGGCGUGAAAGAGGCUGA